AUGGGGAACGCGACACCAAAGCCAUUAAUAGACACAACAUUGCAACCCCGCCCAGUGGCCAAUCGUCAGUAUUACAGCCUGCCCAACAAUGGUGUUGAGAGAAGGACUUCAGCUCCUCCGGUCAACCUUAAUCUGGAGUCGCCACGGUUUCACCCUCACACCAAAGGGAAAAACAUUAGGCUGGAUGGGCAACUCCGGCGAGCCACGCGCAAAAACAGCUUCUGCAAUGGCAUCACGUUCAGCCACAGACCGGUCCGGCUCUAUGAGAAGGUGCGUCUUCGCCUGACUGGCGUGCACACAGGUUGGAGUGGAGCGCUCAGAUUCGGUUUCACCAGCCUCGACCCAAAUGAACUUGUCUCUACAGAAAUCCCCAAGUACGCUUGUCCAGACCUUGUGACCCGGCCAGGUUUCUGGGCAAAGGCUCUGCCUGAAAGACUGGCUUUAAAAGACAAUGUGCUGUCAUUCUGGGCCGAUCGCCACGGUCGUGUUUUCUACUGCAUCAAUGAAGGAGAGCCAAUCCUGUUCCACUGUGGCCUCAGCAUCGGCUGUCCACUCUGGGCUAUCAUAGACAUUUAUGGCAUCACUCAGGAGGUCACACUGCUCGAGAGCACGUUUGCUGAAAGUGUGGGGCCGAGCUGCCUGAGCGCGGCCAGACUCAGUGCCUACUUGCCCCAGGGCAGCCAUGACUCUGCCAACUACAACAACAACCAGCUGGAGAACAACCAGGCCGCCGCCGCCAAGAUGGCCGACCUCCAGCUCAACAACUACACACAGCUCAUCCCAUGCUGCUCCAGUCCCUCCUCCACCUCCACCUCCUCUGCUCCCUCGUCCUCCAGGGCAGGCCGCCUCAGUCUCCCGGCCCCGCUGGACAACGACCUGCACUUUCACCCCACCCGUGGCUCUGACGUCAUACUGUCAGCUGACCGCUCGGCCGCAUGCAUACAGUUCCUGGACAGCAGUCGGACUCUUGUCUUUGGUGACCGACCCCUUCACGUGGGGGAGACUAUAUACGUGGAGGUGGGUCACUUAGGGCUGCCAUACUUUGGAGCACUGCUGUUUGGUUUGACGUCAUGUGACCCGGCCAGUUUGCACGCCGCAGACCUGCCAGCUGACCCAGAGCUGCUACUGGACCGGAAAGAAUAUUGGGUUGUUCACCGAGGCAUCCCCAUCUCCUGCUCCGGAGACGUGCUCAGCUUCACCUUGCUCUCCACCGGCGAAGUGCAGCACGCCAUCAACGGGGUAGGACGUGGGCGCCUGCUCUGCGUCGAUUCCUCUCAGGGGCUCUGGGCCUUCUUCACCCUCCACGGAGCGGUCAACAAAGUCCGGAUACUAGGAACACAGCCGCCCAGCCUCUCUCAGAGCAGCAGUCCCGACGAAAGCGACUCGGACUUGGCCUUCAGUGUGAACCGCUCCUCCUCUGCCUCUGAGUCCUCCUUGGUGACGGCCCCCAGCUCCCCCCUCAGUCCUCAGGUCUCGCCCACCAUGGCCAUUCCGGAGCUGCCCCCUGGUGGCAAAAGCGGGGAAUGCACCAUUUGCUUUGACCAGGAGGUGGACACUGUCAUCUACACAUGUGGGCACAUGUGUCUGUGCAACGAGUGCGGACUCAAGCUCAAAAGACAAAUGAACGCCUGCUGUCCCAUCUGCAGAAGACCCAUCAAGGACGUCAUCAAAACAUACAGGCCAUGA